AUGUCGCCCAUCGAAAAGCAAGCCGAGGCGUGGGCGUCGAUCGCACCUUCACCUCCGUCGACAACGACAACAACGCGCAUCCCGCCGCCGCGCGAGGGCGACACGGCCUUCGCGGCCCGGGAGCUCGACCGGCUCCAGUCGACCGUGCGGCCCGCGCCGUGCGACAUCUGGGCGCCCUUGGCGACGGCCGCCGCGGCGCGCGGCGACGACGUCGCGCUCCGCGACCUCGCGACCGGCGCGUCGUUCUCCUACGCCGCCGUGCUCGCGCGCGCGAGCCGCUUCGGCGCCUGGCUGCGGUCCGCGGGCGGCGCGACGAUCGGCGCGCGCGUCGGCCUCAUGACGCCCAACUGCGCGCCCGCGAUCGAGUGCCACUACGCCGUCGCCGGCUGGGCCGGCUGCGUCGCGCUGAACCUCAACCCGCGCCUCUCGCCCGACGAACUCGCCUACUGCCUCGAGGGCGCGGACUGCGAGGUCCUCGUCGCGGACGCGAGCUACGCGGGCCUCGUCCGAGAGGCUCUGAAACGCUACGAAAAAAUCCGCGCCGUCGUCUGGACUGACGUGCUGCACAAGGCCGCCGCGGACCUGGACGUGCCGACCUUCCUCUACGAGACCAUCGUCGCCGACGGCCCCGUCGUCGAGCGCCCCGAGGACGCCAAAGCGCUCCCGGGCUCCGCCGGCGCGGAGAUGUACUACACGUCGGGCACGUCGGGCCGCCCCAAGGGCGUCGUCCUCAGCCGGAAGACCGUGCUCUUGCACGCGCUGGGCUGCAUGGUCGAGCACCGCCUCAAGCGCGACGACGUCUGGCUCCACUGCGCGCCCAUGUUCCACCUCGUCGACGCCUACGCGAUCUUCGCCAUCACCUGGGUCGCCGGCACGCACGUCACGGUGCCGGCGUUCGCCGCCGCGCCCGUCUUCGACGCGCUCCGGGACCACCGCGUCACCGUGAGCAACGUGGCGUCGACGAUGAUCACGCUGCUCCUCGCGGACCCGGCCGUCGGAAAGGCGGACGCGUCGUCGCUCGAGAUGCUCUCGUGCGGCGGCGCGCCGCUCUCGGCCGCGACGGUCCUGAGCGCGCUCGCGACCUUCGACUGCGAGUUCUUCCUGUCCUACGGCAUGACGGAGUGCUGCGGGAAGAUCUCCAUGUCCCUCGUCGACGAGGCGACGCGCGCGCGCGUCGGGCCGGCGAAGACGCUCGACCUCAUCACGUCGUCCGGCCGCCCCUUCGGCCUCCUCGAGGUCCGCGUCGCCGACGCGGACGCCGUCGACGUCGCGCCGGGCUCCGGCGGCGUCGGCGAGGUCUGGAUCCGCGGGCCGACGCUCUUCUCGGGCUACGACGGGAACGCCGCCGCGACGGCCGAGGCCAUCACGCCCGACGGCUGGUUCCGCACGGGCGACCUCGCCAAGGUCGACGGCCACGGCUACCUGACGAUCACGGACCGCGCCAAGGACAUGAUCCUCGUGGGCUCGGAGAACGUCUACUGCGUCGAGGUCGAGCGCGUGCUCAACGACCACCCGGGGGUCAAGCUCGCGACGGUCUACGGCAUGCCCGACGACGCCAUGGGCGAGCGCGUCAAGGCCGUCGUCGUCAAGCAGGACGAGUCGCUCACGGCGGCGGCGCUCCGGCGCCACGCCGCGGCGAGGCUCGCGGAUUUCAAGGUGCCGUCGUCCGUCGAGUUCGUGACCCGGGCGGAGCUGCCCAUGACGGGCUCGGGCAAGGUCGCCAAGGCCGCGCUCAAGAAG